AAUGAGUAUGAACAGAAAUUGCUUUUAUAAGUGAUUAAUGUGAGUAAUAUGAUAGAAAACAAAUAAGUUCUGAAUUCUGAUCCUUCAGACAUACUUUCCCAUUGAGAUUUUGUGAGAAUCACACUGACCCUACUCGGUUCCACCGCUCUGUCUUCUUCCUUUUUCCCAAUUUAAUUUUUUUCCCCAUUUUUUAGGUUUAAAAAGAAAGAAAAAUCCAUUUUGUUUCUUUUCUUACACUGUAAAUUUGACCAUUUCUUCCUCUGCUUCCUUGUAAUUAAGGUUUAUUUUGAUGGAUUCUUGGAAAUAUGCGUCACAAGAAAAGGGUGUGUGUUUAUCUGAAGACCUAGAUUUCCCAGUUGAUAUUCAUAAUUGUAAGAGUAAAAUGAUGGGAUGUGAAAACAAACCCAUUAAUAAUUUUGAAAAUUACCCAUUAAUCUCUAACACUCAAGCUCUUGAGAGAAUGGAUUUUUUGGAUUUGGGAUUUGGUGAUGAUAUUAGGAAGUCAUAUUCUAUAUCUGGGGAACCAAGUGGAGAACUUUUUAGUGAUGAAAUUGGUAGUGAUAAUCACCCAUCUCUUGGUGGGGAAGAAAAAGAAUGUAGGUCAAGAGUUUCAAAUGUUUUUUCACUUGUUGAUUUGAAAUUGGGUAGAUUGGAAGAUGGUGGGAUCGGUAAAGGUGAUGAAUUGAUGAAUACUCAUGUACCCGAGUCUUCUAUAUCGUCAUCGCCAUCGAAAAAAGCUCGAUCAACAUUGUUGAGUAUGCGAUCUCAAUGUUGUCAAGUUCUAGGUUGCAACACCGAUCUUAGCUCUUUUAAAAGUUACUAUAAACGGCAUAAGGUUUGUGAUUUGCAUACAAAGACUCCUAGAGUUAUUGUUGAUGGGAUUGAGCAAAGAUUUUGUCAGCAAUGUAGCAGGUUCCAUCUGUUGGGUGAGUUUGAUGACAUCAAACGCAGUUGUCGUAGACGUCUUGCUGCUCAUAACAAACGUCGAAGGAGGCUGCAGCAAUAUGCCGAAUCAGGUGCUGGGAUUAUGAACUUUUCCUCAUCACUUGCUUUUCCAGAAGGGAUACCAAGUUCUUAUCUUAGUCCAACAAAGUAUGAGGAGGGGAUUGAAAAUUCUGUGAAGAGCUCAAACUUUGUUCUCCAAAUGGGAUGUGUAGAAGAAAAAAAGGAAUCGAUUCCUUCGAAUGUAAAGGGCGAUAUUUUUGGACUGAUGAAAUCGACUAUUGAAAAUUUUAGUAUCCAGCCAUCUAGUCGUGCUCUCUCUCUUCUGUCAACUCAGUCACACAAUUUCUCGAGUCCAUUGCUGGAAACUACAAGCACGUCAAGGGUCUAUGAACCGGGCACAUACUCGAUGAAAACUAACGAGUGUGGAUCCACCACAAUCAACCCUAGUCAUGGUGACACAGUCGGUCUUCAUCCCAAGAGUCGUGGCAUCAUCCUUAACUUGCUUCAAUUAUCUUCGCGUCUUCAAAAGGUCGAACAAGAAAGACACUUAACAGACGAUGAAGCAGGAUAAACAACGUUUAUGGUAAAAACACGGCUUAAUUCCUUAACAAACUUCAAUGGGUCUGGGCAGUGCAUGUAUUGAGGUUCGUUACGUUCUACGUAUUAUACUCAUUAUUGCUGUGUUUCUUGAUACCUUACAGCUAUAUUGGUAUGUUCAGUAGUGUACAUUUGUCAAUUCUCUUAUUAAACAAAUAUAUAAGUUGGUAGAAUCAUAGAAUACGAGGUUUUAUGGGUGACAGUGUCGUAGAGGAGGCGCCAUGUGCGUGUGUCUUUGUUCCUUUUUCCUUUUUUUUACUGACUACGGCUUCAGAUACCGCCUUUUCCGUCUUAUAAGAUGUAAUCAAGGGGAGACAGUUUAGAUUCCCUUUGAGCAAGUAUGGAAUCAUUAUUUAAGUGGGUUUGCCAACUUAGUGCGCGUGUUUCUCCUUGUUCAUUCCUUGGAGGGGGCAUAGGUAUGAUUUAUCCGCUACCCUUCUCCCCCGAAUCUUGAUUUGUGCAGGAUAGUGGGUUGCUGCCAUUGACUUUGACUUGAACCGAUGAAACCACGACAUCAACAAAGUCGAAUAAUAAAGACGGAACCAGUUAUUAUCA